UCGUGUCUCUCUAUGUAAAUAUUAUGUGUGUUAUUUAUGUUUUACAAGACUGUCAUAACAUUUGACAAAUAGUGCCUUUCCUUCUAUUUUUCAAUUUACCACGGUGGUAUAUUUGUUUAUUUCUCCAUUUUCUUUGAUUUUUUGUGGGAAUGUUUUCCUUCUUGCUUUCUUGAUUUAUUGCAAAAAUAUGUCAGCAACGCUAUGGAUGCCAUUGUGUGCAAGUUGUGUGUUGUUUAUGCUCGUCUGUGUGAUAAAUCAUGCUCUUUGAGAAUGAUGUGCAAGUGAUGAUAUUCAGGAAUGAGGAAGGUUGUAAUCCUCUCCCCAGAGUUGAUUAUUGCGGGCCAUUUGUAGCAAUAGAUCAGAGGAUAAUAUGAAAGCUAUAGCUGGGGGUCUUAAAUUACAGCAUCCGUGAUUACCAAUUAUGGAUAGUUUUGUAUGAAUUCUUUAAAACACAACGCCUCAUUGGAAUAAAAACCUAGUAAAGGAGGCGCUUUGGGUGACCAGAAAUGAAUUGCGAAACCCAAUUUUGAAAAUGAGCGAAGACUAACAGACUUCCACAACGCCUCGGUCCUUUUAUUCUGCGGUUGGACGCCAGCCAGUCAAAUUGAAGCCAUUAAUAGCAGCGUAACAUUUAACACCGAUCGUUAGUGCAAACCUUUAUGUAGUAAAAUUAGAAUAACUUAGUGAUUGGCGUUAAAUAUUAAUGGUUGCAGCAGGCAAAGAACAUCAGUAGUGAAACGCGGGUGCCUUUCAAAAUACCAUUAUCUGUCAGUUGCAUGGUAAUCUUUUUCUUAUUGAGGGAUAUUUAAUGGUCGUUUUUAAUUAUGAUUAUGUGAAUUCCUUUUAAGUGUUUGUUUUGAUAAUUACACUCAGCGUUGGAAUUAUCCAUUAUAUACUCUAUCUGGUAGCCCAACAAAGAUGAAAAUCUCAAAAUACUUCUGAACAAUUUAAUUAUUUAAUAUGCAAGAUGCAGAAAUCAAAAAGGGACGCAGUUGCAGGUGAACGAACUACAAGUACAUGGAACAAAUUUGGAAUUUGUCUAUGAUUUAAUACAUUUCCUGUAAAAUUAUGCUGUAUUUGUCUUUGUUCUUUUGUACUAGAUAGAUUUAUGUAUGUUCCACUCAUUUGUGUAUGUUACAUGAAAUAAGAUUAAACUACCAUGGAAUAGAUUGACAAAGUUCAUAUGCCUUUAAAAAUGUGGCACAUAAUCUGUUUCCUCAAUCUCCGAAUAUUGGUUCUGCUCUUGUAAAUGAGGAGGAAAAACAAUGAAAACUCGCAGUUGCUCUAUGAUUGGCAGGCCUUUGGGAUGUCGAUUUUCUUCAUUUGCCAAAAAAUGCUCCUGAGAAAAGAGAAAACGGUAAGGCAUUAGCAAAUCGAUAUCAGAACACAAUUGGAUAUUGCUUAGCUUCCACAGCAAAGAUGUGUAAAUUUCUUUGCAAGUCUGACCCUGGAUUCAAUUGAAGCUUUAUUAAUUGAUAACUCCCAGCACCAAAAUGGAAAAAUAAUGUGACUCUCUGCCCUCAACACACAUGAAUCAUACUCAAUGGCACUGUGUACGUUCAGAGGAGCUGAGAGCAAUGUGUAUUUCGUGAACAAAAAUCCGGAAAGGCAGAAUAAACUGAUAAAUUCUGAAAAAUGUUAAGGAUUGAAGCCUGUUUUUUUUCCCAUAUUUAAAAAUUACAGCCUUUUAUUUACAUUUAAUUAUUGUGCUUUUUGACCAUCCUGACAAAGCCGUGCCGAACCACUCAACGAAAAGCCCCUCCUAAAGGCUUUGUUCAUUUGCCUCUCUUUAACAGCAGUGGUGACUUCAAUAGAAAGCAACACAUCAAGACUAGGGUCACUGUAUUUCAAAAAUUAGAAAUUGCCAAAAACACAGGAUUCGAUACUGUGCCGAGAUGUCAAACAGCAUUGUUUAUCUUGAUUCUUCCUGUUUUGUUAUUUGUCUCGUAAAUCAAGUUGCUACAUUUUUGUUCUCUACUACAGAUCGCAUACCACUGCAUGAGCAACAAAAUUAUGCAAACACAAAGGAAAUUUGCUCAGGUUUUCUGAUUUCUACACUUUCCCUCCACCCCCUCUGUUGUUUUAUCCCCACUUUCCAUUCCUCAGCUGGCAGAAUUAACUUUGUGAACCAGUUUAAGAUUUAUUUAUGAUGUCUCAUUUCAUAAUUGGUUUGCUAUCUCCCUUAUCUACAUCGUUCAUUUACAUCCUUCAAAUUGAACAGAUAUACUUCAAAUAAAAUCCUUUUAACGGAAUGUUAAUAUAUUAGGAGGUUAUAAGGAAAUAUUCCUUCCUACUCCCAGAAUAGCCGUUGCUCUUACAAGAUGGCUAUUUAAUGUACAGGUAAUUAUACUCCUCAUAAUAAAUCAUGUCUCUUCUUCCUGUUAAUAUAUUGUGCUAGCCUGUAUGUGGCUGUUUAAAAUUAUGGGGAAAAAGAUACUGAUAUUUUCAGUAGAAGCGAUUAUGUCUGGGACAGUGCGUAGAAGAGUAGGUGAGGAUGGCAAUGUAUUUACAUUUCCUAAUAUAUGCACGAUGAUAGGAAACGAAAUGAAACUAACUAAACCUACAGUUUAUAAACAAUUCGCCUUUUUCAAAAUAAUCAAAACGUUAAAGAAUUUAUAUUUCGUUCAUUGCAUAGAACAGUAUUGCAAAAUGUGUUAAAUUGAAAUUUAAAAUCAAGAAUGGAUAAGACAGACAAUAAGAUCAUCAAACACAUGUAAAAUUCUAUAAACAUGCAUCAUUUCGCUGCUGAUCUUUAGUAAAGUAAAAUAUGAAAACCUGAUGCAGCAUCCGACAAAAAUUGCGAAGCUAAGUGAACAAUAUUUGUUCAAUAGAAUUUCACGUAGUUUCUUACAUAAAGGAUAUAUAAUUAACCGAUCAGUAUUGCAGUAGAUAUGUAAAGUUCCUGACUUUGCAGCUCAUGGUGUUUCAACGCCUCUCAAUAGCCGAUAAAAUUAGCUCCAGUAAAGACAAGGUAAUAAAUUAUAUUGAUGCUGUUCUAUGCUCCCAGACUGGCUAUUAGAAAAGUGAAAAUGUAAUAACUAUAACCCUUGACCCUUCCCUGAUAAUACAAAACGAACCUAAUUGUGAGAUACAAUUUACUUCAUGGUUCCAGUAGUGUAGAUUUCUCUGUUGCAAACGAUGGCGAUUUUUGAUCUUUUUCUUCUGUUCAGUGAAAGCGUCAAAUCACCAAAAAGCUAAUGGUUUUUUUGUGCCAAAUUUUCCAUGUUCUUUCCCCCCAUUCCUUUGUGUUGAAAUGUGGUCGGUCUCUAAGGAGCAAUUGUCCGAAAUUGUUGCAACUGGAGGAACAAAAAUAGGAUAAGGUGAUGCCCUGUUCGCACUCCGUAGAGAUUUGAGGUUUAUUUGCUUGAAAGUAAUGAUUGUAAUCAUUUUAUAAAUCACAUAGACAUUGUUAGGAAAUUGACAUAGUGAGACCGUAGCAAUGAGCUCAAGAAGUAGCAUUGUUUUUGGCUUGAAUUUUUUUCACUAUUGCUUUUUACUUUUUCUUUCUAUUCUGCGUAAGUUUCUUUCACUCUAUUUCUGCAUCUCUUACUCACUGUCUCCCGCUGUUAAAUAUCACAGCAUAUUUAGCUGGCGGAUCCGAUAUUUGAAAGGAGUCCGCUAAUGGCGUUCUGCGUAUUCUCAGCAAUUUCUGACAUCCAUACACCAGACCAGUUCCUAUUGGACACGUUACACACAUCUAUAUUUCACCUUCUGUUUACCAUUCUGGCCUAUAUCUUGACAGUAGCCUAAACCUUAAAUCGCGUUCAGUGUACAUUAAUGUGUACUAGAUAUUUUUUAACAGCAUGUGCAGAAUUAAGCUUCCGACUAUAAGUAAACUACUCAGAUUUUGCAGGAAGUCCGUUCACGUAUAAGGCUAGUUGGGAACCGGCCGUUUGCAACUUCGCAGUCCAACUGCUAUUGAAUCCAUUCCUGUCAAGCGAACCCAUGCAUCUUUCGAUGACGCUCCCGAGAUCUUCCAGAAGGCAUUUCUUUCAAAUCCACCAGGGUCCAAUAAAUAUUUUCCUCCCGUGGGGGUACAACUGAGCUCCACCACCUGUGAUGAAAGACCAAAUUCAGUGAUCGCUUUCCAAGUUCCAUUGCUACAAUCCAACAGCCUUGGUUCUUUAUAAAGACCCCUUCAGCAGCUGCACCUUGGAUCGAGAGCUAGCAGCACUACGACGGUCAACUGCCAGGAGGCUAUUGGAAGAGAACGUCACGUGAAUUGGGGUGCCAAUGUUAUUCGAUAAGGGUGUCAGGACCCUGACAGUUUGUGAAAUAAAUAUUGGGAAACUGCGAGAUGCAAAAAACGACAUACUACGACAACUGUACUCUAUUCAGUGGAUACACAUACCAGGGAGCAAAUGGCUUCAGCUAUGAAGUGGCGCAGGAACCCUAUCCACCAUCUUCUCACGUUGAAAGUGAUUUUCAGAGGUCGGCCUGUUCCCUUCAGCCAGCUGGCACUAGUGUUCCGCAUCCCAAAUCUAAAGACAUCAAUGGGAGCUGCAUGCGUUCGAAUCUCCCCGAGCAUCGCCAACCUCCACCUGUCUCACCCCCUCAAAACCCCAGCAGCAACUCGACACAGCCAGGUACCAGCAAGACUCUGCCCAAGUCUUCUCACACGUCCACUCCCAGCCUCACCAAGCAGAUAUUCCCGUGGAUGAAAGAGUCACGGCAAAACUCCAAGCAAAAAAAUAACAACUGCCCCAGCACAGCUGAAAAUGUCAGUGGGGACAAAAGCCCGCCGGGUUCUGCCUCGAAGCGAGCGCGCACUGCCUAUACCAGCGCGCAGUUGGUGGAACUGGAGAAGGAAUUCCAUUUUAACCGUUACCUUUGCAGACCUCGCCGAGUGGAAAUGGCGAACCUGCUGAACCUCAGUGAACGACAGAUCAAGAUCUGGUUUCAGAACCGCCGAAUGAAGUACAAAAAGGAUCAAAAAACGAAAGGCAUGGUGAGUUCUUCCGGAGGACAAUCGCCCACGGGAAGCCCCCCGCUUCCCGUCCAGGCCCCUACUGGAUUUGUCAACGCCAUGCAUCCGCUUUCGAACAACUCUGCCUAUGACGCCCCUUCACCGCCGCCUUUCAAUAAACCUCAUCAGAACGCUUAUGCUAUGACCACAAGUUACCAAAACCCGAUGAAAGGUUGCCCAGCUCAGCAACAGAAAAGAUAUCCUGGGACAGCUCCUGAGUACGAUCCCCAUUCGCUACAGGGGAAUGGGAACUAUGGGACACCAAAUUUGCAGGGUAGCCCUGUAUACGUUGGCGGGAACUAUGUGGAUUCUAUGUCCACUUCAGGGCCUUCUCUCUUCGGCCUCAAUCAUCUUUCUCACCCUGCAUCUUCAAACAUGGACUACAACGGUGGUGCUCAGAUGACUCCCAAUCAGCACCAUGGACCUUGUGACCCACAUCCAACCUACACAGAUCUUACAUCGCAUCAUCCUUCUCAGGGAAGAAUUCAGGAAGCUCCAAAGCUGACCCAUCUGUAGCAGGCCCAAGCAGGAGCUUUACUGAGAGAAGUAAACAACAAGUUACCCUUUCCUUAUCUCAUGAUAGAUUUUUGACCCACUCCUUAUUGAUGUUUUUUCAAUCAUGUAUACUGACUUGUAUUAAUAUAUGUUGCUUAUGUUAUCCCUUCACAGACUAAGCCCUCCUAUAUAGAGUAUACCAACUGCAUUCCACUGUCCUUUCACCCCACCCCCACCCUUACCAUCCUCCCCUCUCCAUUACAAUCUUUAGGGUUCAUUAAAAUUUGUAAUGCAAAAUCCUAAAGGUUGUACAUUUAUUUUUUGGACUCAACGUGAAACAGGGUAAAUGAACAAAUCUUCUGUCCUUUGAAAAAAAAGCAAAAGUGAAGACACUUUGGGUAUUUGCUGAUGCUGAAUUUACUUUGGACACCUGUAUUGCACUUAUUGUUUACAUUUCAAUGAGUGAAACAACUCAUAAGAGGCAAGCAACUCCAACCCGGCCUUGAAGGAAUCUUAAGACUGAGUAGCUGGUGCGUCUUUCAAUAUGUGUCUAUUCUGGUGAACAUGCAGAUAUAUUUAUUGAUUAUGCCAGGAAAAUAUUUCUUCUUUUUUGUAUUAUUUAUCCCCAACAAUACGUAUUUAUAUAAAAAAUUAAAAUCUGUACUUUUUAGUAUUUACCUGUCGACACAGUUGUAUUCAUGUCACUGUAAACAAGUUUAUUUUAGUUAAUGUAAACUAGAACGAGAAAGUAGUUUUCUGCUACCAUUGUACCUACAAAUAUUGUAGUUAUAUUGAAGGCAUGGGAACAGAAUUGGGCAGUAAUUGUAUAGUCAUGAUUUAGAAAAUUAUAGCAAAUCCUCCUUUUCUGACACUCCUUGCCUUCUUCGUAGUUAUUUUCCUUGCUAAGAGUUGUCUGUCAAGCAAUUCUGGAAUAAAUCUCCUGUUAACAGAA